AUGUCGUUCCUGGGAGGCGCCGAGUGCUCGACGGCGGGCAAUCCUCUGACUCAGUUCAAAAACCAUGUACAGAGCGACAAUACCCUGCAACGGGAUCGCCUCGUGGGGCGGGGUCCUGGUGGGCUUGAAGAGAGCAUGCGCUCUCGGAUGGCCCCUAAUGGCUCUGAUCAGAUGAUGAACGACUUUAUGCACCAAUCUAACGCUAUGCCCCAGCCCUUCGCCAUGGAGCAGCUGCGACAGGACCUUCCUAGCCUCCAGGGCAUAACGAGGCGGUCACCUUCGCCCGGUUGGGCUGCAGAGUUCGAUCCCGGCGAACAGGCAAGAAUGGAAGCGGCUUUCGCAAACUCAAAGAUGGCAGCACAGAGACCCAACGGCUUCUCACCCCAAGACUUUGCACACUUUCAACAACCUGGCGCUCCACGAACCUCAAGCCCCAUUACCCAAGCACCGUCCAUGAUGAAUAGCUACCAGAGACCGAUGGGCAUGGGAUUCAUGGGCGGUAUGAAUAUGGGCAUGAAUAUUGGCUCCUUUCAACACAUGCAGCAGCCUGAGCAGAGUAUGGACAAGGGAAAGGGUCGAAUGGUUGAACUCGACGAUGCCAAUUGGGAGGCUCACUUUAAGGAGCUGGAGUCACAACAAGACAAUAUAUCAGAGCAGGCCAACCAGGCCAUAGAGAGUCAACUCGAUGAAAUGGACAGGCAAAUGACUGAAGACGCGGCCGAUUUCGACACUGCCUUUUCUUCCGAAGAUUUUGCCGCCUGGGAGAAUUUUGAUUCCAACAUGGGACUCAACACUCAUCAUCCGUAUGAACGAGAACCAAUGCUAGGAGAUUACAUGUUCGAAGAACAGAACCCCUAUCAAGAGAAACAGGCGUCGAGGUCCGCAUUCGAAGAGGGCAAGCAAAUACUCGAAUCACAUGGCAAUUUGUCGCUCGCGGCAUUGGCAUUUGAAGCAGCAGUCCAACAAGAUCCUAACCAUGUCGAAGCGUGGGUUUUACUAGGGGCAGCCCAGGCACAAAACGAAAAGGAAUCACCCGCGAUCCGCGCGCUUGAAAAGGCUCUGCAGCUUGAUCCUAACAAUCUUGACGCACUCAUGGGCCUGGCGGUAUCUUACACCAACGAAGGAUAUGACAGCACAGCCUACAGAACACUAGAACGGUGGCUAAGUGUCAAAUACCCGCAGAUUCAUCCUCCUCAGAAUCUUUCGGAUCCCGCAGAUGUCGGCUUUACCGACCGGCAGAUCCUGCAUGAAAGGGUCGUGGAGCUGUUUAUCAGGGCGGCCCAGUUGUCACCGUCUGGCGAACAGAUGGAUCCGGACGUGCAAGUCGGUCUCGGGGUUCUCUUUUAUGGGAAUGAGGACUUCGAGAAAGCCGUCGACUGCUUCAAAGCGGCCCUUGCGUCAACGGAAAGUGGGAUCGUCAACCGCGAGAGUCAGCUGCACCUGCUAUGGAACCGGCUAGGCGCAACACUGGCGAAUUCUGGUCGAUCGGAAGACGCCAUCACGGCGUAUUGCAAGGCGUUGGAUGUGAAUCCCAACUUUGUUCGAGCUCGAUAUAAUCUGGGUGUUUCCUGUAUAAACAUUGGCUGCUACCCGGAGGCAGCUGGGCAUCUACUGGGCGCGCUGAAUCUACACCGCAUCGUCAGCGAACAGGGGAUGGACAAGGCUCGAGAGAUUGUCGGAGAUGGCAGUGGAGGGAUUGGAGAUGAUGAACUGGAGCGGAUGAUACAGCAGAAUGAGAGCUCGAAUCUAUACGACACAUUACGAAGGGCAUUUACUGGCAUGGGAAGGAGGGAUCUGACUGAAAAGGUUGGAACGGGCAUGAACUUGGAUCAGUUCAGAGCCGAAUUCGACUUCUGA